CUGCCAAGAGUAGAGGCAUCAAGCCAAAAGUUAAAAGAAUUCCACGACUCCUCCAUCUUGAAGAGUUUUCUGAUGCCAGGAGACAACAGAUGAUAAUAGAUGUAAUACCUGGCCAUGAAUAUAGCCAAUCUAAACAUUUCUACCAAGCAUUUUACAUACAUGAACAUUUUCCAGCUGAAUCUUUUUUGUAAAACACUGUCUGCCAAGCCCCUAAUUCCCAGUAAUUCCCUGCUGUUUGGUCACAUAAUGUGUACCAUGAAGCUUAUGUACAUCUGUGUGUGGUCAAAACCCUUUUAAAGGCUCUAUGUGGGAUCAGGGUUGGUGGGAGGCUCAGAGGAUUUGUAAAGGGAAGUACCUGAGCAAGGUAAUUCCAGCGCCUUCACGCCCACUGGCAGGUUGCACAAAUAAAUACUGGACCUGUUUCCGAUGUAUUCAGCCUCCAUUGAUGUUUUAUCUGUCCCGACUCAUCCUCUGAAACAGAUACUGUGAAGAUGAAAUUAAUGUACGAUAUUGGAAUGCUCUGUGUAAGGUAAGCUCGCUUCGAAUCCAACAUGGAGGUAAAGAAAGAUUGUGAGUGGUCCCCAGGGGAACGCCCUGCUACUCCCCCCAACUCUGUCUGCUGUAGGAGCAUCCUCUUGGCUGUUAUCCUCAUCUUCAUUGGAGUAUUUGUGGGCUUGUUGGUUGCAUACUUGGUGCAAGAGAAGCAUUACUUCAUUGAGACAGUGGAGCUGACAGGUCUGAAGUAUGGCCCUGACCUGCUCGAUGAGAGCUCUGCAUUCUCUAUAGUUCUGACUUUUACUCUAAAGUCUAAGAUCAAGAAUGUUUUCAUUGCCUCUUCAAUAGCACGUCACUAUAUUGACUGUAACAUUGUUGCCUAUGGUAACAUCAAAGGGGAUGUCAUGGCCACUUUUCAAUUGGUCUUCAGUGUGUCUAAGGCCCAGCAGUACUCUGAUAACUUUAUUCAGGAUCUCAUAAGGGUAGGGCUGAAUUCCCUGCUUCAUGGGAAACCCAUAAAAGUGCCGGCGUAUGGAGAGAUCAACGCAAUUGUCUUACUGGGGGCCAGCGGAAAGUCAUUCUAUAAAAUUGGAAACGAUAUAGCAAUCUGCCCUGAAAACACUUUCACCUGUGACAAUAGUGAGUGUGUCACCAAGGCCAACGCAGAGUGUGACUUCAUCCCAGACUGUGCCGAUGGCUCUGACGAGGCUUACUGCUCCUGCGGUACUCGCCCAGCCAUGGGCAACAGGAUAGUGGGCGGAGUAGAAGCCCGGCCUGGGGAGCUGCCCUGGCAGGUCAGUCUGAGGUUGCACGGCAGACACACCUGUGGAGCCUCCAUCGUCAACCGCCAGUGGCUGGUCACUGCCGCUCACUGCUUUGAAAAGGACAAGAACCCGCAAGAAUGGACCGCCCUGGUCGGAGCCCACCUGGUGAGUGGUGAAGAGCGGGGAGCCGUCUCUGUGAACGUCAAGUCUGUGGUGGUCUCUCCAGAUUAUAACCCUUCGACCACAGACAACGACGUGACCGUGCUGGAGCUAGAGACUGCCCUCACCUUCGGCCCCUACAUCCAGCCGGUCUGUCUUCCCUCCUCCUCCCAUGUCUUCAGCCCUGGGAGGAACUGCGUGGUGUCAGGCUGGGGUGCUCUCGGACAGCACUCACUUAGUACCCCACCAACUCUGCAGAAGGCAGUGGUGAAUAUAAUUGAUUCAAAGGUCUGCAACAAGUCAUCCGUUUACAGAGGCACCUUGACCGAAAACAUGAUGUGUGCUGGCUUCCUUCAGGGGAAAGUCGACUCUUGCCAGGGUGACUCUGGAGGGCCACUGGUGUGCGAGGAGGCCCCAGGGCGGUUCUUCCUGGCUGGGGUGGUGAGCUGGGGCAUUGGCUGUGCUCAGAUCAACAAGCCAGGGGUCUAUUCCCGUGUCACCAGAUUACGGAACUGGAUCCUCAGCCACACCAACCCUGGCAGGCUCCACUCCCCGGUCCACUCCAUGCCAAUGGUGCCGGUUCCCACAGCAACAGUCAGUCCUAUUUCCAAGAUAAUGGCAGCGGCGCCACUCAUGCCUGAUGUGAACUGUACUGAGAACUUCCAGUGCAGAGCUGGGGAGUGUAUCAGCAAGAUUAACCCUGAGUGUGAUAGUGUCACUGACUGCAUUAACGAGGCUGAUGAGAAGAACUGUGACUGUGGGAUGCGUCCAGGGGUGGGCACCCAAAGGAUUGUGGGUGGGGUGACGGCUCGAAGGGGGGAGUGGCCGUGGCUUGGCAGCCUGCAGUACCAGCGCUCACACCGCUGCGGAGCCACUCUCGUACACUCCAAGUGGCUCCUGACUGCUGCCCACUGCUUCAAAAGUGACUCCGGCCCUGGCAGCUGGUCUGUGAGCCUGGGUUCAGUACUGAGAUCCGGGGUGGGAGCUCUAGUCAUCCCUAUCCAGAGGAUCAUAAUGCACCCGGGCUUCAACAGCACAAACAUGAACAACGAUGUGGCCCUCCUGGAGCUGGCUGUCCCGGCACCCAGGUCCUACACCAUCCAGGCGGUGUGCCUGCCCUCGCCGGUACACCGUUUCCACAGGGACAAUGAGUGCUACAUCACCGGUUGGGGCUCCACGAGGGAGGGAGGUUCUCUGACCAACCUGCUUCAGAAAGCUCCGGUGAACAUUAUCGAGCAGUCCGACUGCCUACAGGCCUAUGGCAAUGGCCUCACCCCCGGAAUGAUGUGCGCCGGUUACAUGGAGGGGGGCAAAGACACAUGCCUUGGAGAUUCUGGUGGCCCACUGACAUGUCGUGAACCCUCUGGCCAGUGGUUUGUUGCCGGAGUGACCAGCUGGGGACACGGCUGUGGACGCAGUGGUUUCCCAGGAGUCUACAUACAGGUCACUGCCAUCAGGGAAUGGAUAUCUGACUACCUCCCCUUCUGAGGCUAUAGAAGGGGAGGAAUUGAGAAGGACAGAGACAUCAUACAAUACUCGAGGACACAAUGGGUUUUCUGUGUUGCAGCCACCGCUGGCAUUUCUCGUGCUACUGGUCAAGGAUGAUACACUGCUGUACACCACUGUACCUUCACGAAACUACCUGGAGAUCCAGCUAAAAGCUUCAUCUUGGAUUAUUGUGUAUGAUGGUGGUCUAUGGAUAUUCUACUACAACGUGCAUAUUUACAUGGGGAAGUGGUCUAUUUAUUUUACAGUAUUGAGGGAAAAAUAAUCCAUAUUUUCAAAAACAUUUCAGUUACUGCAGUUGGUCUUUGUUCAUAUUCUGCGGGCUAAACGCCUA